AUGAGGGAUGUUUUAUCUAUGGAACAUUAUUCGAAAGAAGAGGAAUGUGAUAUUUGUGGGGUUAUUUUUCCGGAUUCUAGAAGACUUUAUCGUCAUUUAUUCAAUGACCAUGGGCUGAGUAAAGAGAAAAUAGAAGAGGUGAAGCAAGCAAGACGGUUCAAACAGGUAGCUAAGAAGAUUCAUACAAGUGGGAGGAACAGACCAGUAUUCGAGUGCGAAGUUUGCCAACGACCAUACCUGUCCAAGUUAGGCCUCCGUAAUCAUAAGGAGAAAGAGCACAACGAGAUUCGUAUUGUUGUUGGAAGUCCAGAUAAUGUAGUUUGUCCUGUCCAAUCGUGCAAAAUAAGAUUACCUACAUACUUCGACUUGGCAACUCAUGCAGAUGAGUUUCAUAGGAAUUUAGUAAACGAAAUGGAGGCCUUCAGGAUACAUAGAGUCUUCUUUAAUACUUUUUCCGAAUUCAAACUGUGGAAAGAGUUGAAGGAAGAGUCUACAGUUACUAGGUUUUAUACAAGGAGUACGGAAACAAAAAUACGUUAUGCGAAAAAAGUAUGGUUAAUGAAGUGUGUGCAUACUCAUCGGAAGAAGAAUCUGUUCACUUCAGAUCAUUGUCCUGCGUUUAUUAGAGUUUGUGAGAGAUACAACGGAUCUAUCGAAGCUGUGGCAUGUUUUGGACAUCUUGGUCAUGCCCAUAUCACAGGAACAGAUUCCGAUUCCUCACUAAACUCUCGGAAAAUUGACUAUGGUCUGAUGACGAAUCACUUUGUUGAUGAAAGUUCGACACUGGGUAGCCGAAAUACAGACGAUUACGGUGUUUUAGAAGAUAUCUCAGUCAUAUGA